GUUCGGGUAACCAGGGAGUUUCUUUUACCGAUCCAUCCGCGAAUGCAACAUUGUGACGUAUCUUCUCGGAACUUAUUUUGCUCGCCUGUAGUCUGUCGGACCCGACCUCAAAUAGCACCAGGUGGUCGUUUCCUAGGUAACACCACUACUUCACUAAUUUACGAUUCCAGAUUAACAUUAAAACAUGGAUGUUCGUGGACGAGGUGUGCAGAGCUGCGGCGAGAACAUUGUGGACAUGGUUGACAUGGAGGACGAAACCUUUGCAAUUUCCAGUUCCUCAGCUGCAGACACUGCAUUCGACUCUGUCAUUGGCUGCAUAGAAGACAUCAUUAUGGAGGAGGAUUUCCAGGUAUUACAGCGGACCUUCAUGGAGAAACACUAUCAAGAGUUUGACAGCACCGAAGAGAACAAGCUCAGCUACACACCCAUUUUCAAUGAAUAUGUGGAGCUGUUGGAGAAAUAUGUAGAACACCAGCUGAUGAAGAGGAUCCCUGGCUUCAUUAUGUCCACCUUCAUUGAUCAUCUCAUGAAGCACAAAGAUGAGGUGUCAGGUGACAUUGUUGACAUCCUGCUGUCCUUUAUUGACUUUGUGGCCUUCAAGGAGAUGGUUCUGCAGUACAAAGUGUAUUUUCUAGGAAAAGGAGGGACGCAGUCUGGACCUGAGCCAAGGACUUGUAGUCACGCCUUUAACCCCUGCAGCCUCUAGCCACUCUGGAUCCAAUCAGCUGAAGUGACACAUGCACACAUACACACACGAUAAGAGCAUGUACGUAUGCCGUAGUGUUCAUUGAGCCUCAAACGCAUUGUUAGCUUGUGAUCACCCAUAAACCUCAAGUCUGACACAGAAGCAGACAACCACUCACACCUAUGGACAAUGUAGUCUUGCGUGAACCUUACAUGCACGUUCUUGCACCUUGGGAGGAAGUUGUCAGGGAACCCACAAAAGCACAGGGAGAACAUGGAAACCCCACACAGAUUGAAAGACGCAUCCCAGCUCGAGCCCGCCUUUCUGUUCUGGCCAAGGUGCUAUCUCAUGAACCAGUGCGCUACCGCAGGUCGAUGCCUGAAAAGUAUAGUUGUGUGCAAAACAACCCUAAAAGCUAAUUGCUUAUAUGUUCCUGCAGUCCUAUUCUAAAAUGGAAAAUGCAUGACACAGAGACAUUGCACUCAUUUUUAUUUAUAAACAAUAUCAGGAGGGUUUUCAUAAAUAUUACUGUUGGUAAUAAUCCUUAAGAUUGUUUAGUAAAUAUGAGACAUGCACAGACUGAUCAUAAGCAAAAACAAAAAAAAGUAUAAAGUUUGCAUUACAUGUUUUGAGUUGGUGACAAUAUAAAAACUCACAUUUUUACAAUAUUGUUAGGAUUGAAUGUUGUGCCUGUGAAAGUGAUUAACUGUAAAUAGAGAUUUGUAUAGUACACUUGUCUAUGAUGAAAUGCUUGUGACACAUUUUCUAAUAAAGAACAGAAAGCCUCA